AACUAAUUAAUAAAUUAAAUAAAGGUCUUAUCAAAAAUUCUAAUCAGAGCUUGAACAAGUAGAGAUUCUCAGAUUGUGUCCCAAAGGAGACAAGACACACGUUCGCCUUAGUUGUCCGUUGUAAAAGGUAUCUUCGACGGGACUCAGAAGCAAGAAGACACAACACGAAACCGAUCUUCUUCUCUUUCUUCUUGUCCUCGUUGGUGCUUGUUUGAUCGAUCUUCUCAGAUAAGGUUCCUAGGGGUUUAGGUUUGCUUCUAUGACCCGGACACGUUGCAAUGGGUGCUCCAUGUCUAGGUAAAUGAAGGCUUUAACCGAUAGGUUUGUUCCCCAACCAUCAUCAAGCAAGAGUGAAAAGCACGAAACAUCUCUAGUUUCGUCAGAUUCAGAACCUAGCGAUAAUAAUAAUAACAAGUCCAAGUUUACCUUGCGGUCGGAGUCUUCAACCUCGGGGCAUAAGCAAGUUUGCGCUGCUACUUGGACAUCGCUUGUAAAGAAAGUCUCUAUGGCGAGUGGUGCGAUCAAGAGGUUCCACGAUCGUGUUUUAGGACCAAACAGGACUGGUCUUCCGAGCACUACUAGUGAUGUCUGGCUCUUGGGCGUCUGUUAUAAAAUAUCUGAGGACGAACCCUCAAAGGAAGAAACAGAUGAUGGCAGCGUAGUGGCUGAACUGAAACAAGAUUUUUCUUCCAGAAUACUGAUGACAUAUCGUAAAGGUUUUGAGCCUAUUAAGGACACAACCUACACCAGCGAUGUAAACUGGGGUUGCAUGAUACGGAGCAGCCAGAUGUUGUUUGCUCAGGCAUUGCUUUUCCAUAGACUGGGGAGGUCUUGGAGGAUCAAUAAAUCCGAGCAGCCUGAGCAGGACUACUUAGAGACGUUGGAACCUUUUGGUGAUUCGGAGGCUUCAGCUUUCUCCAUCCACAAUCUUAUCCUAGUGGGAGAGUCUUACGGUCUCGCAGCCGGGUCAUGGGUAGGACCGUAUGCGAUUUGCCGGUCGUGGGAGUCGUUAGCGUGCAAGAAGAGAAAACAAACCGAUUCGCUUCCUAUGGCUAUUCAUAUAGUUUCUGGCAGCGAAGAUGGGGAGAGAGGUGGAGCUCCGGUUCUCUGUAUAGAAGAUGCGACCAAAUCUUGUGUGGAAUUCUCUAGAGGAGAGGAUGAGUGGGCACCGCUUCUGCUCUUGGUCCCAUUGGUUCUCGGUCUUGACAGAGUGAACCCCAGGUACAUUCCAUCUCUCAAAGCCACGUUCGCUUUCCCUCAAAGCCUUGGAGUUUUGGGUGGGAAGCCAGGUGCUUCGACUUACAUAGUUGGUGUUCAAGAUGACAAUGGUUUCUACCUUGAUCCGCAUGAUGUUCAGCAGGUAGUCACAGUGAACAAGGGAACUCCAGAUGUUGUUGUUGACACGUCCUCAUAUCAUUGCAAUGUCCUACGUUACGUUCCUUUGGAGUCGCUUGACCCAUCACUAGCUCUUGGAUUCUAUUGCCGCGACAAAUGUGACUUCGAUGACUUGUGUCUCCGAGCAUCGAAACUGGCUGAGGAAUCAAAAGGUGCUCCGUUGUUCACGGUGACUCAAUCCCACAGCUUGGUUACCCACCACAGCAGCUGCGAGUUUGUGGAGGAUGAUACAGAGGAAGAACGUGAAGAAGAUGACUGGCAAUUGCUCUGAUCAUCAUCCAAAACUCUUAAAAGAAAAAAACAUUUUACGAUUCUUUUCCUUCAGACAAGUACAAUGUUUUAUCUUUAGAAUCUUCAGACCAGAUCACACAAAGACAAGGUUGUACUUUUAAAAACACGUUUAGUUAAAAAAACAUCGAAAGUAGUUUUGUGUUUCAUUCA